GUAGCAUAUAAAUUAUGUGAUGUCGAAAUCGUGUCGUCGGGUUCACCUUAGUUAGUUGCCCCACUACUUCUCACAAUCCCCCUCGUGUCUGGACCAAGACUCUCGAGGCCUCGGCAGGUGUAAAACAGUGUUUCCAUUCACCUCAAGGAGGCAGCGAAGAGAACAACGAUAAAAGUGUUUUUCUCAUGCAAGAACUGCAAGAAUUAAAUAGUGAAUUAAUUAUAUAAUUGUCGCAUCGACAAUAAAACAGUGAUAACAGAAUCAUUAUUAAUGAUAAUACAAGACUCUGCAACCUCAUGAAUUUCAAGAAGCAAGUAUUUUUCGUCGUGGAAAGAUUUAAAAAUGUGAAACAAUAUUUCAAGCCUAAAACGAUGACAACUGUAGAAAAAAAUAUAAAAAUGUGAUAGAGGAAAUAUAAGUGAAAUCAUAUAUGUGUGUGUGUGAAUGUGAAAAAAAUGUAAGCUUUUAUAUUAAACUUGCAACUAAGUUGCGUCGAAAUCAAAAAAGUUAUCUAUAGUUUAGUAUUCUGCGAAGCUGAAUGUUAUAUUAUCAUGGUUUUCUUCGGAAGAAAAGAGAAGCUGGAGGAUCGGCGAUUGCUGGAAAGCAUGGAUGCGAUGAAUGGCGCAAUUAUCCAUCAAAUUGACAAUGCCGCCUUCAUGCAUGUACGCGACAAUAUCGAGGAGUUGGGUAAAGUCGCCGACGACACAGACUUGCUGUUCCUAAAGGGCCUCCUCGACAGCCCGGUCGUCACGUCUCUCGUGAAGGUCCAGGAGCGUCUAGAGGAUCCUCCGGUGCCCGUGAAACCGGUGUGCUCGUCCGUCUGUGACAUCGUUGACGAAGUGUGUCACGCCUUCCGAGACUCCGGGAACCCGUGCGCUAAAGAACUGGUGAACCUUCUCAGCAGUUCGCAUCUAAAGGCGCUCUUAGAGACCCACGACGCGGUUGUGGAACGCAAGGAAACAUCUUCUAAAGCAGUUUCUCCCAUAGUGGCAAUGCCGACGAACAAGAAAGAAGCAAUGCCUAUCAGGGUGGUCGGGCUUAGAAGACAACCAGACGAACCCUUAGGUCUGACAGUGCAAGUCGAUGAGUCUGGAAAUAUGAUCAUUGCUAGAAUUCUCGGUGGCAGCACAGCAGCUCGUCAAGAGCUUCUAAGGAUAGGUGAAGUAAUACUCGAGGUCAACGGUAAACACGUUCGAAAUCCGGAAGAGCUCCAACAAGCAAUCCAGGAAGCCAAAGAAAAUCUAUCUCUGAAACUGGCUCCGGGUAUCGCUACUGACGCGAACCGACUUCUCAAAUCUACAUGUUACAUGAGAGCUCUCUUCGAUUACGAUCCGUCGGAAGACACGCUUCUACCUUGCAGAGAGAUCGGCCUGCCCUUUCAAAAGGGCGACAUCCUCCAAAUUGUCGACCAAGCCGAUCCGAACUGGUGGCAGGCGCGAAGGGUCGAGGGCGAAAAUCUCGGGUCACCCGGACUGAUACCAUCCCUGGAAUUGGAGGAGCGCAGAAAAGCCUUCGUGCCACCGGAGGCCGACUUCGUUCACAAGAUCAGCAUCUGCGGCACCAGGAUAUCCAAGAAGAAGAAGAGGAAGAUGUAUCAGUCCAAGUCAAACGGCGAGUUCGACGCUGCCGAGCUGCUCCUCUACGAAGAGGUCGCCCGAAUGCCGCCAUUCCGACGCAAGACUCUAGCUCUGGUCGGGCCACGUGGCGUAGGUCGAAGGACUCUGAAAAACAGGCUGAUCAACAGCGACCCCGAGAAAUUCGGCACCAUCGUACCCUACACAUCGAGGCCUCCUAGAGUUCUCGAGGAAGACGGCAAGAGCUAUUGGUUCACCGAUCGCGAGACGAUGGAGGCCGACAUCAGGGAACACAGAUUCCUGGAGCACGGCGAGCACGGCGGACAUUUGUAUGGCACGAAAUUGGAUUCCGUACGGGAAUUGAUAAGAGCCGGGAAGAUGUGCGUGCUGGAUUGCAGUCCGGCCGCACUUAAAAUCCUUCAUAACAGUACCGAGUUCAUGCCUUACGUUAUAUUCAUCGCGGCGCCCGGGAUGGAGCAACUCAAGUCUUUAUACGAUCUUGGUAGAUCUACCGGCGCCAGCAGUCGGAAUCUAACGUUCGACCGCCAGAGUUCCAUCAGAUACAGUUCGAGAAGAGCCAGGACACUGGAAUCCCUCGCGUCUUUAUAUGAGGAGGAUGAUUUGAGAUCCACGUUGGAAGAGUCUGCGGCCUUGCAAAGAGCCUACGAGAAAUACAUCGAUCUGGUAAUCGUGAACGAGGACUUUGACAAUACAUUCAGGCAGGUGAUUGCAGCUUUGGAUGCCUUAGCUACGGAACAUCAAUGGGUGCCAGUCAAUUGGAUUUACUAAUUGAUUUUCGAAUGCAGCACUUGACGUAACAGGAGAAUAAUUAUAAAUUAAAAAAGCAGUGUGCCAGUUUUUUACGCGCGAAUAAACGAAGAUUUUGUCACAUUUGCAAACUAUGAGAUUGCACUAUACAAAAUGUAAAUUAUUCUCAAAUAUUCAGAGUAAAAUCAUCCGUUUAUCGCGCAACUAAGAGAAAAAAAGGCACGUAUGAUAAGAGUACAAAGAAUAUUACACAUCGUGCCGCAAUCAAGAGAAUAUCAUUGCCGUUUAUAAUAAUAAAUGCAAUGUAGCGUUUACAUAAGCUUUUUAUAAAAUCAUUAAAACGACCCAUUCUAUAAAUGCACGAAAUCUAAAAUAUGUAUAAUAAAAGUUUAAUUGUAAUAGAAAAACUGACAACAAUAAUUCGUUUGUGACAAAUGAAGCAAUGAAGAUAAGAAAGCCUACUUGUAUCUAAAACUUGGUACUUUUUAUAAAGAGAAAGAAAAAAGGCCAUAUAGCGCUGCAUUUUUACUGCCAAUUUCUACAACGACUAUAUGUUAACAUCGGGUCGAUUGAUGUAAGAAUAUCAGACUGCCGUCCAGUUAAUUUUAGUGUACUUUUAAUUUAAUUAACGAAACACGUAUACAUAGUUA